AUGUCCAUCUUCUCCCAUCUCCGUAAGAGCAGGCAGACGGCCAAAGAGCACAAUACGAAACGAGCCGAGCAGAAACAGCAAGAACAGUCUAGCACACCCUACCGACAUGUCCCUACACACGCAGCAACGGACGCUUACAACUGUGCGCCACCGGCAUGGCGAGAAGCGGCUGACCGGCCCAAGAUCAUCGAGCAGAACAGGCGACGGAGCGCCAUGACCCCGGUGUCUCACCACAGUAGCAUGCCUGGUCCCAACUUCCAGCGUGUGGGGAGCAGUCUAUCGAAUGUGUCGUAUCCUGGGCAGGCCACUGCAGGCCCCUCGGCUCGUCUGCCUCGUGCGUACAGCUACACGGGCGUCUCGCCCUAUGUCAAUGGUAGCCGCGACAUUAUCUAUUCGAUUCCCGACGUCAACCACUCCCAACCGGAAGGUCUUGCUGAGCGCUCCCCGGUGGAAAGCAACUCUGACUCGACAAGCUCGCACGGCGAUCUGGAGUUAGGCACAUCCAGGGCUCAUGCAGCAUCACAGCCAUCGUCAAGUGCGCCUUCUCACAGACUCCACCCUCGAUCCCGCUCUCGCCAGGCUUCGGAUGCGUCUAUCGAUAGGAAAGCAAUGUCAAGUGCAACCAACCAUCGAGCUGCGGCGCGGGACACUCGACCACCGCCAUCUCUCCGUGGGUUCAAUUUCGUCAACAACACCGCGAACCCGACGCCAGUUGGGGUUGGGACUGUGCCAGUACCUCUCCCAGUAGAUAUCAUCUCUCCACAGUCCGAAGAAGCGGCCAUCCCAAGUGCCGGUCCCUCACGACACAACUCAGCCAUGUCGUUGCCAGCACUCACCCCGGCUUCAUCAAAGUAUCCUUCACCUUCCAUGGCCCCGUCGCUUUCGCCGUCUGAUGCACCGGCUUCAGGAUUCUACUUGAACUCAAGCAAUGCUGCGUCGUUUUCAAACAUGUCCUACUUUGCUGAGCCUGUCAAGCAAAUGGCAAUGUAUGAGCCUGACACAAUGGCGAAAUCCGAAUUACGAGAGACUCGCUUCAAAGAAAAUAUUCCAAUGGAGAAAAUUCCCUCUGCACAAGGAACGCCUGGGAUGGCGGUAGACGUCGCUCCAAAGAGCAAGAAAUCAAGCAGAAAAGGCGCCAAGCUGGUGAAGAAGAACCGUGGCGCAAGUCAGGUUGCUGCGAUGUAG